GAAACACAGAAGAGAGCGAGGGACGAGACGAGACGAGACGAGAGUGGGUGACACACACACACACAGAAUAUAUCCUCCUCCUCAUACAAAUUUUUGUUAUAAAUACUCCAACAAUCCUUCCCUUGUCCCAAAUAAAACACCUCUCCUCUCACUCUCUUUUCUUUUAACUAUUAUUCAGUACUACUACUUGCAGUAGUAGGGUUUUUGUACCUCCCUCCCUACCUCCCUCAUGGACGCUUACGCACUUCAUUUAGCCAUGGCUGCUCUCGUCGGCGCCUCCUUUGUGGCCGUAUCCGCCUAUUAUAUGCACAAGAAAACCCUAACUCAGUUACUUGAGUUUGCGAAAUCAGUCGACAGAGAACGAGAUGAGAACAAUAUCUCCGACGCUGACUCGCCGCAUCAUGCUAAACGUCAUGCUUCGCGUCGUGCUCAGGGGAGGCGGAAGGGAAACGGCUAUUAUCGCCGCGGCUCUGCUUUGUUACCAGACGUUAUGGCUGUUCCUGGUCCAGCCACUGAUGGCGAUGAUAGGCGUAACGGUCCGCUUCCUGUUCAAGGGAUUCCUCCCGGGCUUCCUAAGCUGAACACACUCUCUGAAGGAAAAUCUGCCGGACAUGGAGGUUCAUCAAACAGGGUUGGCAGUCUUAUCAGACCGACUUCUCCCAAGUCUCCUGUUGCUAGUGCUAGUGCCUUUGAGAGUGGGGAAGGAUCUGACGAGGAAGAUAAUAUUACUGACAAUUCUAAACUGGACACUAGUUACUUGCACACAAAUGGAAAUGCUGGCCCAAAUUUAGCAGACCAUAAUCCCAAUGGAGAGCAAAUGUCUAUAGCUCCUUCAAGCAUGAUUCGAUCCCAUAGUGUAUCUGGUGACCUGCAUGGGAUCCAGCCUGAUCCUAUCGCAGCUGAUAUUUUGAGGAAAGAGCCAGAGCAAGAAACAUUUGCGCAACUUGAGAUUACUCCUACUGAGGUGCCAUCACUGGAUGAAGUAGAGGCCUAUGUGGUCCUUCAGGAAUGCCUUGAAAUGCGAAGGAAAUAUUUAUUCAGGGAAGCAGUUGCUCCAUGGGAGAAAGAAGUAAUAUUGGACCCCAGUACGCCAAAGCCUAAUCGAGAACCAUUUUCUUUUACUUCUGAGGGGAAAUCUGAUCACUACUUUGAGAUGCAAGAUGGAGUUAUUCAUGUUUAUCCAAAUAAAGAUUCAAAGGAAGAGCUUUUCCCUGUUGCUGAUGCAACAACCUUUUUUACUGAUCUGCAUCACAUACUUCGAGUUAUUGCAUUAGGAAAUAUGAGAACUCUAUGUCAUCAUCGGCUGGUUCUUCUGGAACAAAAGUUCAAUCUUCAUUUGAUGCUUAAUGCGGAUAGGGAGUUUCUUGCUCAGAAAAGUGCACCCCAUCGUGACUUUUAUAAUGUUAGGAAAGUGGAUACACAUGUCCAUCACUCGGCGUGCAUGAACCAGAAACAUCUUUUAAGGUUUAUAAAGUCCAAAUUGAGGAAAGAGCCUGAUGAGGUUGUGAUAUUCCGUGAUGGGACAUACUUGACCCUGAAAGAAGUAUUUGAGAGCUUGGAUUUAACUGGGUAUGAUCUGAAUGUGGAUCUUUUGGAUGUUCAUGCAGAAAAGAGCACAUUUCAUCGCUUUGAUAAGUUCAAUCUUAAGUAUAAUCCCUGCGGUCAAAGUCGGCUGAGGGAAAUUUUCCUUAAACAAGACAAUCUUAUCCAAGGUCGUUUUCUUGGUGAGCUUACGAAGCAAGUGUUUUCUGACCUUGAAGCAAGUAAAUAUCAGAUGGCUGAGUAUCGAAUAUCAAUAUAUGGAAGGAAACAAAGUGAAUGGGACCAACUGGCAAGUUGGAUAGUGAACAAUGAAUUGUACAGUGAGAAUGUUGUAUGGUUAAUUCAGCUUCCACGGCUGUACAAUGUAUACAAAGAAAUGGGUAUUGUGACAUCCUUCCAGAAUAUUCUUGACAAUGUAUUUAUUCCACUGUUUGAAGUUACUGUGGAUCCGGAUUCUCAUCCUCAGUUGCAUGUUUUCUUGAAACAGGUCGUCGGGUUCGAUUUAGUUGAUGAUGAGAGCAAGCCUGAAAGACGCCCCACAAAACAUAUGCCCACACCAGCUCAAUGGACCAAUGUAUUCAAUCCAGCAUAUUCAUACUAUGUGUAUUACUGCUAUGCUAACCUCUACACGUUAAACAAGCUUCGAGAGUCCAAGGGCAUGACAAUUAUCAAAUUCCGCCCACAUUCAGGAGAGGCUGGUGACAUUGACCACCUUGCUGCAACAUUUCUCACAGCUCAUAAUAUUGCACAUGGAAUAAAUUUAAGAAAAUCUCCUGUACUCCAGUAUCUCUAUUAUUUGGCACAGAUUGGUCUCGCUAUGUCUCCUCUGAGUAACAACUCCUUGUUUUUGGACUAUCACCGGAAUCCUUUACCUAUAUUUUUCCUGCGGGGUCUCAAUGUAUCACUAUCAACAGAUGAUCCCCUUCAAAUUCAUCUAACUAAAGAACCCUUGGUGGAAGAAUAUAGCAUAGCUGCUUCUGUGUGGAAGUUGAGUUCAUGUGACUUAUGUGAGAUUGCCCGCAAUUCAGUCAUCCAAUCAGGUUUUUCUCAUGCUUUGAAGUCACAUUGGACAGGGCUGAAAUACUACAAAAGAGGACCAGAUGGAAAUGAUAUUCGCAAAACAAAUGUUCCCCAUAUCCGGGUGAAAUUUCGUGACAUGAUUUGGAGAGAGGAAAUGCAACAAGUUUAUUUGGGGAAGGCAAUAAUCCCUGAAGAAGUGGACAGGUGAUGUGCAAUGCAAAGGCAGUUGAUCCAUUCUUGAAACAGUCAGUAUGAUUGUAGAGGUGGAUACAGCUUCUUAUAGAUUAACACUUGAGCCUAUUUUUAUCCUUUGUGAACUGAAAAUGGACAAAGUAUGGGCUAUGGAAGGAAAGCGUAGAAAGAGCUUGGGAGAAACACGCUGAAUUAUAAGCAAGAACGGAGGAGUGAGGAAGUCAUAUAUUAUACAGACAUAGAAACAGGUAGUAGGAUACUAUUUGACAAAUAACUAAUUUAAUUAGUAUAAGAUAUACUUAGCUUACAUUAGGGGGAAUAAUAUCAUAUCAUUGACAGCUUUGUGUACCUCGUAAUGCUAACAAAUUGGUAAGGGGAAAAAAAUCUCUCUUGCCUCAUCAAUUUUGUGCCAGCUACAGCUGGUGAUAAUUAUAUCAUGAAUUAUACAUAUUCAGUGCAAUACCAAAUGAUGCCUUUGUUUAUGCCUA